AUGGAUAAAUAUCAGAAAGUUCGUGUUCUUGGAAAGGGAAGCUUUGGUAGUGCAAUACUUAUCAAACGCAAGGUGGACAAUGCACUGUUUGUUGUUAAAGAGGUUUCAUUGCUGAAAAUGUCCAAAAAGGAGCGGGAUGAGGCACGGCAUGAGUGCACAAUCCUUCAGAAGCUUAAGCAUCCUAAUAUUGUGCGCUACGUCGAGCAAUUUGAAAAUCAAAGGAGCCUGUACAUUGUAAUGGAAUACUGCGACGGUGGGGAUCUAAACGCUAAGAUACGACAGUCGCGUCUUCCUAUGAAGGAAUCGACAAUUAUGUAUUAUUUCUCACAAGUUUGCCUGGCGAUGGAAUAUCUUCACUCGUACCACAUGCUGCACCGCGACAUUAAAACGAUGAAUGUUUUUCUCAUGAAAAACGGCGCUGUUAAGUUGGGUGACUUUGGUAUCACUACUAUCCUUCGCAAUACGAUGGGAAUGGCUAACACAGUCUGUGGCACACCUUAUUAUUUUUCCCCUGAGUUGUGCCGCAAUAGGCCAUAUAACAACAAAAGUGAUAUCUGGGCAUUAGGUGUCCUACUGUAUGAGUGUGUUACUUGCGGACGGCAUCCCUUUGAUGGCAAUAACAUGAAUCAGCUGAUGCAUCGCAUCGUCACUGUGCCAUGCCCGGCAAUUACCAAUCAAUAUUCACCCGAGUUCCGCAAAAUGGUUUUCUGGUGCCUUGAAAAGGACCCCUUAAAGCGGCCGAGUAUCAAGCAACUUCUUUCCCUUCCACUUGUUCGUCGAUCUUUGGAGCAGCUGGAGGAGAACCUCAUGCUAGCGACUGAAUGCCGUGUGCGUCUGAAAGAUAUCAUCGAUUUUGAGGUCGUCUCACCUAGCAGCGAAAACUCCAACGAAUGCAAGGGCGACAAAAAGACGCCCUACCCCGCACCCCGAGCGGAUCAGAAAAAAAUGAAACAAACUCCGGGCCUCACCCCUGGCCAGGCGGCAGCCAUGGCGGUGGUGCAGCAGUCACCACCAAGAAGCUCUCCUGAGUCGAAACCUGUUUCUGACAUCUUGGGACCCAAGCCUAAGGCGGUUAAUGCUAAUGCCAAUCAAAACAAUGUGAACCACGCCUCUCCAAGCAAGCCCCAUCAACGCAACAUAAUAGAUAAUCUUCAUCAAAUGCGUGAGAGGCUCAACGCUGCUGCUUUAGCAGAAGUUGCACCGUACCCUAGGAGACCUUCUUCCCCAAAUAACCGAAAGCUAUUUCAACCUAAUUUUGAGCCAGUGGACAGGUCGGAAGAAAUCACUCCUGUACGCGACUCACCUUUGUUCUCUGAGUUUCAACCAAAUGUUCAGCGUAUAAAGGCUAUUAUGGCUAAAUACGAACACAAUGCGAAUCCUCAGGCAAAGGAAACCAUUCACGCCUACAUGCGCCGCAAACAAGAGGAAUACUUAAAGAAAAAAAAAGAAGAUUUGGAGAGGCGCAAACGCUUAAACGAUCUCCGAGAUAAAGAGCUUCAAUGCAUUUUAGCUCAACAACGUCAUGCCGCACUAGGUGCAGCGAACAAUGCUUGUGCGAAUGGCUACAAUGUCAACAAUAAACCAAUUAAGGAUGCAUACUCACCAGCACCACUGUCACAUGAGGCACGAGUUUUACCCCAGGAUAACCGUGCGGCUCCUCCUCUUACCUCUUCCCCUUCUUCUCCCUCGAAGAAUGAAUAUCGAUCUGCGGCCGCACGUCCUUCACUCGCACAAGAAGGUGGUCUCCCCCUUCGCACUCCUGGUCAGUGUUUGGAGCGGGUGCUUGGUCUGGAUCCUAAAUUUGCGCCUCAUAUUCCCGUGAAAGCCGCUUUAAAACAUAAUACCCCACCUUUAAUGGCUCACCAGCAGAAGGUGAAGGUUGCAGCGAACUCUCCGUUACACGUGGAUAAGGCUGCCUGUCCAAAAGCAAAGCCAGCAGUUGGAAAACGUAAGGAGGGACCGCCUCCGUCUGAGCAACCAAAAGUAUUUCCAAAGAACCGUUAUUCUAAUGGUAAUGCAUUAAAUCGUUUGGAUCAUAAGGCUCAAGAGGUAGUUAAUCGUGAGGCUGGACCGAGGAAGUAUCCCAUACCGCGUCCUUCCUUCGCGAUGAACGCAGAGGCUUUAAAUAAAGGUAGUAAUUUGCUUGAUAAGGCUGCCACUCCGAAAGGAGGAGCGGAAGAUGCUAUAGUUGUUACAGGCACUCGGGUGUCGCAGUUCCGAUCGCCCCCAAUACGUCAGAUUCGACCCGCCAGACCGGCUGUGCUAAGUGCUUUACAGGAUAAUAGGAAAGAUGCUGAGCGCGCUGUAUCUCAUGUGUCUCUGCCCUCGACACCUACCAGUAACCUCAAAGCUGAGAAGCGUUCUCGUUUCUCAUUUAAUUCAGAACUUCGACCACAUGUCGAUGCUCCUGUCGCGAGACUCCGAAAACGAAUUCCCUCCUCCCCUACUUUAAACCCGAAGAGUCUCGCUGCGUUACCGCCCGCCGCACCACACUCUGCUAAUGGCUCGGUAGAGAGAGGAGUGAAAUGUCUUUUCAAACGUCUCAUUUCAUCCGAUGAAAAAUCCGACUCAAGCGAUAUUCAAGCGCAUAAUUUAUCCAUUGCAUCGUUCAUACCGAAUCGAAUAGUCAAUGCGGUUCAGUCUUCUGAUCAACUAGUCAGUGAUUCAAAUGUUACUUUGGUGAAGUCUGUAGAAAAUGAUAACAUAAGCCUUCAGGCUUCCAAGGCAAGUCCAUUUCAACCAGUGCAAAUGAGCGCCACUCCUUUAAAAGUAUCUGCGCUUGAGACCAAUAAUAUUCUGGACAGCAUUUCAGAGGCUGAGUUAAUUAAUGUAGCGCACACCGUUAAAAGACGAACUCCGGUGCAAGCCACGCCUUUAAUGAAGAUGAAAAAGAAGAAUUUAUGCUUGUCAGACUCCAAUUCUAGUGAUUCUACUAUUCAAAGCAAGAAGACUAGUCAGAUUGAUGUUAAACCUGUUUCCCAUCCCGUUUCUGAUAUCCGCCCUCAUCACAUUCGCUGGCCUUUAUCAGAUGAGGCGGCAAAGUGCAUGGGCAUACUGAAGGGAUCUGACAUUCCCGCCGCUGAGGUUGAGUUUCAUCCACUUAAGGAAGUUAACGAAAAGACUGAGAAGCGAGAAGUCGUCAUGCCCAGCAUGCUCGAAACCCUUCGCACCUUGCGGAGCAAGGUUUCACCUCAUCCUGACUGCACUUCCGUGGAUCACUUCUCAAAUCAGCUAGCCUUACUUAAGCAACGACAGCGACUUGGUGUAGAGCGGUCUCAGUUUAUUAACAAAGAUAAUGAUAUCAUAGAGACGAAUUUGAAAUCCAACGAGCGGUCCCCUGAACCUACUCCGGAGAAGACUUCAUCUCUUCAAAACUCGCCACGCAAAAAACCGAUCCUAAAUAUUGAGGUCACUUCCAGCAGCCGUUGCACAAAUGCCGAACGUAAGACUUCUGUUUCGUGCUCGUCGAACCGAGAUUUGGAGACUGACAAGCGACGCACAAGCUUAGUUGAGGGUUAUGAGGAGAUGUUACAGCACUUGAGGAGUUUGUUGGAAAAGCGGAGGGUGUCGUAUCGUAAUAUCCGUAAAAUUAACAGCAAUAUCAAUGACAGCGUUAGCAGGUCAUUAAGCCCUGCAAACCUAUCUGAUGAAUAUAGGGGCAAUGGUAUAUCUAGCAACGAGAUCAAACGUCCCUCAUUUGGUUUGGUAUCGGGUUCUCCGCCUCGUUUGCUUAACACAAAACCUAGAAAAAGCUCCCGAAACUCAUUGUUGGCGGACGUGGAUGAAUUAUCCGAAUCCCUUCAUAUUCAUGAGGAUUCUGAGGAUCUAAAUGGAGAAAAUGACAAUUUUGAAGACGCCGUGCCGCUUUCACCGGUCCGUUGUGCCGUGAGAAACGACAUGUACACUCAAAUGUUACAGCAAAACAUAAUUAAAACCACAGAAGUUAACGCCGAAAAAACAGAUGUUAGCGACAUUUUACACUUAAAUGAUGUGAUUCAUAGCCAAGAUGGGAUGCCGAGAAGGGGUUGCACACGCUGCUAG